GUGGGAGCCAUGAUGAGACUACCGGAAGUGUGUUUGUCCCGCUGCCCCUCCAUCCUCUUGCUUGGGCUGCUGUACGUGACCUACGUGCUGAUCGGAGGGGUGGUUUUCUGGAAGUUGGAGGGAGGCCUCGGGCAGAAGGACUUGGGGCAUCUACUGCAAAGCAAAGAGAGGCUACUCGUGACAUACACGUGUCUGAACCAAGAAGGCCUGGAGGCAGUGGCUCAGGUUGUUCAAGAUGCAUCGAAGGUGGGCCUGAGUCUGAGAGGAAACUACACCACAGACGGCUUCUGGAAAUUCACCAGCUCAGCUGUGUUCGCUGCAACUGUGGUCACAACCAUAGGUUAUGGGAACAUGAGUCCCAGAUCUACGGCCGGACAGAUCUUCUGUGUGUUCUUCGCACUGUUUGGAAUCCCGCUCAACUUGGUGGUGCUCAACAGGGUGGGCAAGUACAUGCUGGUUAUAGAGAGGAACAUUUCUGACUUCCUGGAGGGGAAGACAAGGCGAAGGACGUGCACCCGCUUCUUCGUCCACCUGGUGUCCUUCUUGUCUGGAGCAGCACUCUUCUUCAUCAUGCCCAUGCUCGUGUUCCAACAGUACGAGGGCUGGACCUACGCCCAGGCCAUCUACUACUGCUUCAUCACCCUCAGCACCAUCGGCUUUGGAGACUUCGUGGCAGACAGUAAUCCAGACAAAGCAUUCCCGGAAUGGUACAGCGUCCUCAUGGCCUCGUGGAUCUUCUUCGGCCUGGCCUGGCUCGCCCUGCUCAUCAACCACUCAAUCGACAUCCUGGAGCGCCUCAACACCCACUUCAAGCAGCGGUGGGUUGGGCAGCGGCCGGAGGAAGAGCCCGGCAGCGCAGAGCCUGAAACCCCGGAAACUCAGGUGGAGGAGGAAGACGAGAUCCAGAAGCCUCCAAUACCUCAGUAAUCAAGGGUGAAACAAAUGCUGACUCAUUUUUGUUGAGUCAUGCAGUUUAAUCUCGUAGCACUUCCCAAAGUGACUCUUGGUAAUCCAACUGUUUUUAGUUUUUUUGAAUCCUUGAGAUUAGUCACAUGUCUGUGGGUCAGUUAUCUGUGUCAGUCUGUCUGUUGCUCUUUGCCCUCUCAGUGAGUUUCUGCCGUUCAUUGACUGCAAAGCCAUAUAGCAGUGGUAUUUAGCAGCCGAUAUCUGAGCAAUAGAAGUGGAUGUUAAUACCAGACAUUUGCAAUCCAAAUCACAGGCAAUUACAAACACAUGUAAAUAGUGUGAACUGUUUUUCAUGUUAGAGGGGGUCUUUUGUGAUUGUACUCCACAUGCACACUGUAUGUCCUCGUACAUGCUUGGAAGGGGAGCCUUAGUAAGGGGUUUUAGGUUUUCAAGUAAAAGUUUUCAAGUUUUAAGAGAAAGGGGGUUUUAAGGUGAUUGCAAUAUGCCACUUUACCGCUAGGUGCCACUCAAUUCAGCAGAGUUGGUCCUUUUAGUGGUGUAUCAACACUAGCUGUUAACAAUUAAUAUUGUAAAAAUUACGAAGUACAUCUGUGAAUCAGAUAAACUUUUACUCAAACUGAAAAACAUCCAA